GGCAAAAGCAGCAUCGUUGAGAACGAAGAAGCUUGAAAAAGUUGCGAGCUCGGAGAAUCUGGUGGCAGUAGCAAAAUCUGGCGGCUUUAAGUCAACAAUUGUUCCACUACAUGGUAUUUUGAGAAGAGAGCAUUCAGCUCACAGUUACGCUCUACCUAUUCAGCUUCUAUAUCUACUCACGUUGGUCGAGUCAUGGCUUCUACUGGAUCUGGGGCAAAAGUUAAUUACGCAACAUCCUCUAUAUCUACCAAUGAACCUGUUGUGUCUGUUGAUUGGCUUCACUCUAAUCUUAGAGAUGCUGAUUUAAAGGUUUUGGAUGCCUCAUGGUACAUGCCACAUGAGCAAAGAAAUCCAAUCCAAGAGUAUCAUGUUGCUCAUAUUCCAGGUGCUCUCUUCUUUGAUGUGGAUGGAAUAUCAGAUCGAAACACAAAUUUACCACACAUGCUACCAUCUGAGGAAGCUUUUGCUGCUGGUUGUUCUGCUCUAGGAAUCGAGAACAAAGAUGGAGUGGUUGUGUAUGAUGGAAUGGGGCUCUUUAGUGCAGCUCGUGUAUGGUGGAUGUUUAGAAUCUUUGGACAUGACAAAGUAUGGGUACUUGAUGGAGGCUUGCCGAAAUGGCGUGCUUCAGGCUAUGAUGUUGAACCCAGUGCUUCAAGUGAUGCCAUUUUGAAAGCCAGUGCGGCAACUGAGGCUAUAGAGAAAAUUUAUCAAGGACAAACAAUUAGUCCAAUAACUUUUCAGACGAAGUUCCGGCCACAUCUUGUAUUGGCGCUUGAUCAGGUGAAGCAAAACAUCGAGGAUAAGACUUAUCAGCACAUCGAUGGGCGUUCAAAAGCUAGAUUUGACGGUAUUGCUCCAGAACCUCGCAAGGGAAUACCGAGUGGUCAUAUACCCGGUAGCAAGUGUGUCCCUUUUCCCCAAAUGUUCGAUUCCUCUCAAACACUGCUACCAGCAGAGGAGCUGAAGAAGCGGUUUGAACAAGAAGACAUUUCACUGGACAGUCCGAUCGUGGCCUCGUGUGGAACCGGUGUAACAGCUUGUAUUGUGGCAUUGGGACUUUAUCGUCUGGGAAAAACCGAUGUGGCAAUCUAUGAUGGGUCUUGGACUGAAUGGGCAACCGAACCAAACUUGCCCAUAUUGGGUUCUUCUUCAUGAGGAAGCCCCAAGAAGAAGCUACAAAAUCAUAAGCCAGUGGAUAUAUAUUUAUAAGCUUAGCUUGGUUCAAUCCAUUUGUGUGUUAAAUUUUAGCCGAGAGCUGGGAGGGUUGUAUUAUCAUACAUCAGUAUUCAGGAUUCUUGAGUUUGGUUUCAUCCUUGUGGAGAUUGAUAAAAAGUCGUGUGUUCUUCUUGUCACAAUUUUAUAAAUCGUAUUAUUAAGU